GUCUGCUUGCGCUCUCCCCUAUCCUCCACUCUUCAAUUGAUUCCUCGUCGUUGGGAUUCGGGGAACAUGGGCCAAGUCAUUGUCAGGAGGCCGGGCACGAUGCGCGCACAGAAGCAGGUCUUCGCGACAGCGCCGCAAGGGCUCAUCGAGCUGCUCACAGCUCAUCUUCCGACGUCUUUGACAAUCCUAAGACGCCUGCAAUUUGCUGCUCGUUCCAAGCCCUCCCCCACCGGGCGGGUGCUGUUUGUUGCUGACCAAAACCUCACCUUUGACAAGGCCGCACCGAGUUUCCCCAGCAAGUUUACCGUCAUGUACAGUGACUUUUCUGUGUCAACCGAGACGCAGAUGUUCCUGUACUCGACCCUGGAAGACAAGCCCCCAAUGACAUACACGGCUGAGGAUCGCGCCGUGUACGAGGAGCAAUUUCUAGCUAUCGUUGAUGAGCUCAUCCGCCUGCGCAACGAAUUCGACCCAGAGGGCACGUGUCCAACGGCGAUGCUUCUAGGCAGUGUGCAUGCGGACGUGUGCUCCAUCCUAGAAAAGACUGGCCGUGUAUUCCCCCGACCGACCGGUUUAUACGACAAGUGGCUGUUCCGGGUCGAGGACUUGCCUCGCGCCGAGUCGCCGCUGCCGCAAGGAAUGCAUUGGGGGCACGCAAGCUACUCAGAUUGCGAGAUUGUGGUUUCGCGGACGGACAUUCCACGCACAGCAGCGACUCUCUCCAAGCUGCAGAGUUCUCUCAUAAAGCUCGAUGAUGGAACACCCAUAGCAUGGGCGUUUUUAGGCAACUAGGCGUCGACGGAUCAUUACAAAGUGUGCAUUGUGAGGCUGGGCAUCGAAGAAUGGGGCUGGCUAAAAGGGUGGCGGGAAGGCUCCUCCGUGAAAACGCGGAAGAGUUGGCUCCUGACGGCUGGUCUUGCGCGGAUGUGUCUGCAGAUAAUGUUGCAAGUCGCGCCAUGUGCAAGAGCCUGAACGGUAACAUAAAGCCUCGGUGGGUUGUAUCAUGGGUGUUAUUGGAGUUAGCUGAGACAAUGUGCUGAUUGAGUACUGCGUAUAUCGCGUAUGCCGUUCGCGCCCACCAGAUGCAUCUGCUGCAUUGAACGUGCUGUGAGCUAGUUAGACCUUACGAGCCUUGUUCGUUGGGUGGGUUUGAGCCGAGGUCCUAUUCAGUACAUCUAGGCAAUAGGCUAUGAGAUUACGUGUAUUGAAGUAACGCCAUAGAACGAGGAAAGUCGCAAUAGAUGCCAG